AUGGCCAUAGCCACGUCGGCCCAGUUGGCUCGGGCACUCUACGACAACACCGCUGAGUCCCCCCAGGAGCUGUCCUUCCGCCGAGGGGAUGUUCUACGGGUACUGCAGAGGGAGGGCGCUGGUGGGCUGGACGGCUGGUGCCUCUGUUCCCUGCAUGGCCAGCAGGGCAUUGUGCCCGCCAACAGAGUGAAGCUCCUUCCUGCUGGCCCGGCACCCCAGCCGGUGCUCCCAGCCCAGCAUGGCUCACCACAUCCAGCCCCAGAGCACAGCAAUGAGGACCAGGAGGUAUAUGUGGUACCACCCCCAGCUCGGCCCUGUCCUACCUUAGGACCUUCACCUGGACCCUGCCCGCCCUCCCCUGAUCCCAUCUACAAGGUCCCCAGAGGGAGUGGGACCCAAUCAGCUGCCCCUGGAGAUGCCUUGGAGGUCUAUGAUGUGCCCCCCACUGCCCUCCGAGUUCCCUCCAGUGGCCCCUACGACUCCCCUGCCUCCUUUACCCGCCCUGUAGCCCGGGUUGCCUCACAGCCUCCUGAAGAGGAUGAAGCUCCCUAUGAUGUGCCUUUGGCCCCAAAGCCACCGUCAGAACUGGAGCCAGAUCUGGAGUGGGAGGGAGGCCGGGAACCAGAGCCUCCCCUCUACGCUGCCCCCUCCAACCUGAAACGGGCAUCAGCCCUGCUCAAUCUGUAUGAAGCACCAGAGGAACUGCUAGCAGAUGGGGAAGGUGGAGGCACUGAUGAGGGCAUCUACGAUGUGCCCCUGCUCGGGCCGGAGGCACCCCCUUCUCCAGAGCCCCCAGGAGCCUCUGCCUCCAAUGACCUGGACACCUUGGCCCUGCUUCUGGCCAGAAGCCCCCCACUCCCACACAGGCCCCGUUUGCCCUCAGCUGAGAGCCUGUCCCGCCGCCCUCUGCCUGCCCUGCCUGUUCCUGAGGCCCCCAACCCUUCCCCAGCUCCCUCUCCUGCUCCAGGCCGAAAGGGCAGCAUCCAGGACCGGCCUCUGCCCCCACCCCCACCUCGCCUGCCUGGCUACGGGGGCCCCAAGGUUGAGGGGGAUCCAGAAGGUGGGGAGGUAGAGGAUGAUCCAGCAGGACACCACAAUGAGUAUGAGGGCAUCCCGAUGGCCGAGGAAUAUGACUAUGUCCACCUGAAGGGCAUGGAUAAAGCUCAGGGAUCUAGGCCCCUGGAUAAAGCCUUCCCAGGGGAUCCUGAACUGCUGGAGAGGGGGCCACCGGAGCAGCAGGAGGCCCUGUCUGCAGGGGAGCCGCUGGAUCUGCCCACCGGAGAUCUACAGCUCUUGCAUUUCUACGCCGGGCAGUGUCAGAGCCACUACUCAGCACUGCAGGCAGCCGUGGCGGCCCUGAUGUCCAGCACCCAGGCCAACCAGCCCCCACCCCUCUUCGUGCCCCAUGGCAAGCGGGUGGUGGUGGCCGCUCACCGCCUGGUGUUUGUUGGGGACACCCUGGGCCGGCUGGCAGCCUCCGCCCCUCUGCGAGCACAGGUCGGGGCUGCAGGUACAGCGCUGGGCCAGGCAUUGCGAGCCACUGUGCUGGCUGUCAAGGGGGCCGCCCUGGGCUACCCGUCCCGCCUUGCGGCCCAAGAGAUGACACAGCGUGUGGCAGAGCUGGCAGGGCAGGCCCUGCAGUUCACCACUCUGCUCUCCAGCCUGGCCCCCUGA